UGAAAAAGCAUCACUUUGCGCGGUGGACGGGGCGGUUUGGAGCGGGUUUGGAGCGGAUGCGGGACCGCAGGAACCCGCUGAUCCACCGAUGGGGGCCGACGGCAGCAGAAACAGCCAGAAGCCCUCUGACGGCCAGGACGAUGAGCGCGUGGCCUCCGGGUGGCGGGGCUUCCUGUCCAGCAUGGGUCUGUCCCUCCCGGCGGGCCUGUGCCGCCUGGCGCCGCCCGCCCUGCGUCUGGGUCAGCGCCGGAUGCUGCAGGGCAAGACGGCCGAGGUGCCGGAGCACGUCCUGAGGCUGGCGGGCGUCGGGCCGGGCCGCUGGAGGGCGGAGUGGACCCUGCCGGCGUUCAUCACCAUGUUCCUGCCCGAGUUCCCUCAGAGGAGCGUGCCGGGCCACGAGCACUUCCAGGUGCUGGGAUACAUCGCCAAAGGUUCCUUUGGACCGAUUCUGAAGGUGAGGGACAAGGCCGGACAGAGAACCUACGCUGUUAAGGUUAUACCCAAGUCCGAGAUACUAAGACUUGGGGUUUUGGAGCAGUCAAAAGAAGAAGUCAUUGUCCAGCGUCAGGUCCGCCACCCAUUUGUCCACGACCUCCAGGACUGCUGGCAGACGCAGCGCCACCUCUACAUUAUGUGUGACUACUGCAGUACAGGAGAUCUGUACACCUACUGGCAGAUGAUCGGACAGUUUUCAGAGGACACGGUGCGAGUGUUUGCAGCAGAGUUGGGAUGUGCUCUCGGCUUCCUACAUGAUUUUGGGAUCAUCCACAGAGAUGUGAAGAUGGAAAACAUCCUGCUGACGGACCACGGCCACCUCCGCCUGGCUGACUUUGGUCUGUCCCGUCGCCUGGAGAGAGGAGGCAGAGCCUUCACCAUCUGUGGAACCAUCCAGUACAUGGCCCCUGAGGUGCUGAGUGGGGGACCCUACAACCACGCUGCUGAUUGGUGGUCGCUGGGAAUCCUGCUGUUCUCAUUGGUUACUGGAAAGUUCCCCGUGUCUCCAGAACCGGACCACUGCAGAAUGCUGAGGAAAGUGAGGACCUUUCCCUACGAGAUUCCCCUCAGCUUCAGCUCCCAGCUGGCCCUGCUGAUAACCGAGCUUUUAUGUAAGACUCCCACCCGCCGCCUGAGAACUCUGGACCGCUUCAAACGGCAAACAUUCUUCCACGGGACGACGUUUGACCUGGACCUGCUGCAGCGGCGGCCCGUGGAGGUGAUCCUGGAGCUGAGGGAACGACCCGACCGAGCCGCCAAGGCUCGGCGAGGCCUCACGUUGUCCCUGCAGCCUCUGAAGGGCUUCGACUACGACUCGCUCCUCAGCCCUCCGGCCACGCCGGACACCCAGCUGGAUUCAGACGCUCACGCUCGCGCAGCUGCCGCCCUGCCGGGCCCGGCGCUGCAGGACGCUCAGGAAACACGCAGGGAAAUCUUCGUGUGACGGACUUCAUGUUUACGACGCACUGACUUUAAAGGCCACGCGUUGCUCACACUGUUUCACCCUUCACACCUGCGUGAAGAUGUCUUAUUCUGAAGAAAUUAAAUACAGGACUGUCUCAGAAAAUUAGAAUA